GAAUAGGCUUACCCAAGUUAUCUAUUUUUGAUUUACUAUCAUACUAGUUAUUGAUGGUCUUUAUGCGCUCUAUGUUCCAAAGAAGCUUUUUGUAAUUAUUCUAUAAACAAACACGAGCACUGUGUGAGCUUCUUUCACUUAGAGGAAAUGCUAAAAUCUGUAAUGUAAGUACUCGCAGUACAGUCUGGUUCCUAUUUCUUAAGUGAAUAACUCUUUGACUUCUUAUCCCUACCAAUAUUUUCUUCAAGUCUAUAGUUUCUCAUCUGCAAGUUCUAUCCUGCCCCAGACUCUGACUGGCCCAAGGCUAACAUCUGUGCUCAUCUUCCUCCACUUUAUAUGGGAUGCUGCCACAGCAUGGCCUGACAAGCGGUGCAUUGGUGCAUGCCAGGGAUCCAAACCCGUCCUCCAGGAGCAGAGCGCGUGCACUUAACCACUAUGCCACGGGGCCGGCCCCAUGAGAACCAGAGCCACUCAACCAAUCCAGCCUAGGUCCCCAUGGAAGGAGUCAACAAUGUUACUGAGUUUAUAUUCCUAGGACUUUCCCAAGAUCCCAGAAUGCAACUGAUUCUCUUUGCCCUCUUCCUCCUCUUCUACAUCGUGAUCAUGGUUGGAAAUCUGCUCAUUUUGCUUAUGGUCUUUUCUGAUCCCCGGCUCCACACACCCAUGUAUUUCUUCCUCAGUAACCUGUCCUUUGUGGACGUUGCCUAUUCCUCAGCCACGGCACCCAAGAUGAUUGAAGACUUUGUUUCUGAGAAAAAGACUAUUUCCUACUGGGGCUGUGUAACUCAGAUGUUUACCUUCCACUUUUUUGGUUGUGCUGAGAUUUUUGUUUUGACUGUCAUGGCUUUUGACCGUUAUGCAGCCAUCUGCCAACCUCUCCGUUAUACCACCAUCAUGAGUGCCAAUGCUUGUAUUGUGCUGGCAUCACUGUCCUGGUUAGGAUCCCUGGGUCAUUCUUUUGUUCAGACUCUCUUGACCUUUCAACUGCCUUUCUGCGAUGCUCAAGUCAUUGACCACUACUUCUGUGAUGUCCACCCAGUCCUAAAACUUGCCUGUGCUGAUACAACCCUGGUAAAUAUGUUGGUGAUUGCCAAUAGUGGUCUCAUCUCUCUGGGGUGUUUCCUCAUUCUUCUGGCCUCCUACACAGUCAUUCUAUUUAUUCUUCGGAAGUGGUCUGCAGAGAGUCGACACAAGGCUCUCUCUACCUGUGGAUCUCAUCUGACUGUAGUAACUUUCUUCUUUCUCCCUUGCAUCUUUAUUUAUCUCCGUCCAUCCACAGCUUUCCCACUGGAUAAGGCUGUGUCUGUGUUCUAUACUACCAUCACCCCAAUGCUAAACCCACUCAUCUAUACUCUGAGAAAUGAGGAUGUAAAGAAUGCCAUGAAACGACUAUGGAGUCGCAAGUUCUCUUCUAAGGAAAAGCAAAAGGGAUAAUUUGUCAGAAAUGCAAAAUCAGAGAAUUGGCUGAUACCUUUAAUGGUAUCUAUCUUAUUAAUAAUUUUAAAGAAUAAUCUCUAAAAUUCAAUGAUCUUGUACUUUUCUUUUAACAGAGAAUAAUUUGAGGCUAUUUCAUUUCUCUGCCUUUAGGUGGGCUAAACUUAAACCAUCCAUACUGGCAAGAAUUUUCCCAUCUUAUUUCUAGAUACUUCUACUCAGUAACUCAUUUAAUUGCUUUAGAUCAAUUCAAAUCUAACACUCUUAAGCUAUAAUUUAGUGAUUUAGAAUGGAGUUACAAGAGAAAGACAUCUCUGAGGAAUCAGAUCAUUUCUCACAAAAAAAAUUUAUCUUCCCAGGAGCUGCCUUCUUAUUUCUCUCCCUCUCUUUUUCCUCUCUCCCUCUCACCUUUGUUCUUUUUUUUGUGUGUGUGUGUGUGUG